AUAUCGAUUUGUUGACUUUUCGUGUUUUUUUUUUCGUGCCACUAAUUAAGUAUUUUAUAUUGGAUAAAUUGUUUUUGUCCGGUCUCGCAAUUAUGAGAGAAACCAAACCACAAGCCUUGUUUUUCUCAGCUCAUCGUUGACUUUAAAACUGGACAAAUUGGAUCAGAGCUUUUCUCCCAUGGAAUCAUCUUCUCCAUCUUCAGCAGAGUUCGAUGUGUUUCUCAGUUUCAGAGGCUUUGACACACGCAACAACUUCACCGGUCAUCUCCAAAAAGCACUUCGUCUAAGAGGAAUCGACUCAUUCAUCGACGACAGACUCCGUCGAGGAGACAAUCUCACUGCGCUUUUCGAUAGAAUCGAGAAAUCCAAGAUUGCAAUCAUCGUCUUCUCCACGAACUAUGCAAAUUCUGCGUGGUGUCUUCGAGAGUUAGUGAAGAUCCUCGAAUGUAGGAACAGCAACCAACAGCUAGUGGUACCAAUCUUCUACAAAGUUGACAAAUCGGACGUCGAGAAACAGAGGAAUAGUUUUGCGGUGCCGUUCAAGUUACCAGAAUUGACUUUUCCCGGAGUUACGCCGGAAGAAAUUUCAUCGUGGAAGGCUGCUCUUGCCUCAGCAUCCAACAUCCUAGGUUAUGUAGUCAAGGAAAUUAGCACGUCUGAGGCCAAACUUGUUGAUGAAAUAGCCGUUGACACAUUCAAGAAGUUGAAUGAUUUGGCUCCAAGCGGGAACGAAGGUCUCGUGGGGAUAGAAUCGCGUCUGAAGAAUCUUGAAAAGUUGUUAUCAUGGGAGGAUUUGGAUACCGUUCAUAUCAUAGGCAUUGUUGGAAUGGUUGGGAUUGGGAAAACGACUCUUGCUGAUUGUUUGUAUGGACGUAUGCGUGGUCAGUUCGACGGUAGCUGCUUCCUUACUAAUAUCCGCGAAAAUUCAGGUAGAAGCGGGUUAGAAUCUUUGCUGCAGAAACUCUUUUCCACUGUACUUAAUGAUAGAGAUUUGGAGAUUGGAGCUCCUGGAAAUGCACAUGAGAGAUUUGAGCGGCGGCUUAAGAGCAAGAGGCUACUUAUUGUGCUUGAUGAUGUGAAUGAUGAAAAGCAAAUCAGAUAUCUUAUGGGGCAUUGCAAAUGGUAUCAAGGAGGAAGUAGAAUUAUCAUUACUACUAGAGAUAGUAAACUGAUUGAGACGAUCAAAGGCCGAAAAUACGUGCUCCCGAAAUUGAAUGAUAGAGAAGCCUUGAAGCUCUUUAGCUUGAAUGCUUUUAGUAACUCUUUCCCUUUGAAAGAGUUCGAAGGUUUGACAAAUAUGGUUCUUGAUUACGCUAAAGGCCACCCUUUGGCUCUUAAGGUGUUAGGAUCUGAUCUUUGUGAGAGGGAUGAUCUGUACUGGGAAGCUAAACUGGAUAGACUGAAAAGUAGAUCACAUGGAGAUAUCUACGAAGUUCUAGAAACAAGCUAUGAGGAGCUUACCACUGAACAGAAGAAUGUUUUUCUGGAUAUUGCAUGUUUCUUCAGAUCAGAGAAUGUGGAUUACGUGACAAGCCUUCUCAACAGUCAUGGUGUGGACGUCUCUGGCGUGGUAAAGGAUCUCGUUGACAAAUGUCUGAUCACUCUUUCUGAUAAUCGCAUCGAGAUGCAUGACAUGUUGCAAACGAUGGCCAAGGAGAUUAGUUUAAAAGUAGAAACAAUAGGUAUAAGAGACUGUAGGUGGCUAUCACGACAUGGUAACCAGUGCCAAUGGCAUAUCAGAUUAUGGGACAGUGAAGAUAUUUGUGACCUGCUAACCGAAGGCCUGGGAACUGAUAAGAUAAGAGGCAUUUUUCUCGACACAUCAAAACUAAGAGCAAUGCGUCUAAGUGCCAAAGCCUUCCAAGGGAUGUACAAUCUCAAAUACUUGAAAAUUUAUGAUUCUCAUUGUUCCCGUGGAUGCGAAGCAGAGUUUAAACUACACUUGCGGAGGGGACUUAGUUUCCUUCCUAACGAGCUUACAUAUCUACACUGGCAUGGUUAUCCACUACAGAGUAUCCCUCUAGACUUUGACCCUAAGAAUCUUGUAGACCUUAAAUUGCCACAUAGUCAAUUAGAAGAAAUUUGGGAUGAUGAAAAGGAUGUUGGAAUGCUCAAAUGGGUCGACCUUAGUCAUUCUAUAAAUUUACGUCAGUGUUUGGGUUUGGCUAAUGCUCAUAAUCUUGAGAGGUUGAAUCUAGAAGGAUGUACAAGUUUGAAAAAAUUGCCGUCAACGAUAAAUUGUUUGGAGAAGCUUAUAUACCUCAAUCUCAGGGAUUGCACAAGCCUUAGGAGUCUUCCAAAAGGAAUCAAAACUCAAUCCUUGCAAACUCUUAUUCUCAGUGGCUGCUCCAGCUUAAAGAAAUUCCCACUGAUCUCGGAAAAUGUUGAAGUUCUACUUUUAGAUGGCACUGUUAUAAAGAGCCUUCCCGAAUCCAUUCAAACCUUUAGAAGACUUGCUUUGCUGAAUCUGAAGAACUGCAAAAAGCUGAAGCAUCUUUCUUCUGAUCUUUAUAAGCUGAAAUGUCUUCAAGAGCUAAUACUCUCAGGUUGCUCACAACUAGAGGUUUUUCCAGAAAUUAAGGAAGACAUGGAAUCUUUGGAGAUUUUACUUAUGGAUGAUACAUCCAUCACAGAGAUGCCAAAGAUGAUGCAUUUGAGCAAUAUCAAGACAUUUUCGUUAUGUGGUACAAGCAGUCACGUUUCUGUUAGUAUGUUCUUCAUGCCACCUACAUUGGGCUGCUCUCGGUUAACAGAUCUUUACCUCUCAAGAUGCAGUCUCUACAAACUCCCAGAUAAUAUCGGUGGCCUAUCCUCUUUGCAGUCUUUAUGCUUAAGCGGAAACAACAUCGAGAAUCUUCCAGAAAGCUUCAACCAACUUAACAAUCUGAAAUGGUUUGAUCUUAAGUUUUGCAAAAUGCUCAAGUCUCUACCAGUCCUUCCACAAAACCUGCAGUAUCUGGAUGCACACGAAUGCGAGUCACUUGAAACUUUGGCAAAUCCAUUGACGCCUUUGACAGUAGGAGAGAGAAUCCAUUCUAUGUUCAUCUUUAGCAACUGUUACAAACUGAACCAAGACGCACAAGCGAGUCUCGUGGGUCAUGCUCGAAUCAAAAGUCAGUUAAUGGCUAAUGCUUCUGCAAAACGUUAUUAUCGGGGAUUUGUUCCGGAGCCUCUGGUUGGUAUCUGUUACCCGGCCACUGAAAUACCGAGUUGGUUCUGCCACCAAAGACUAGGACGUUCACUAGAAAUCCCAUUGCCUCCGCACUGGUGUGAUAUUAACUUUGUUGGACUUGCGUUAUCUGUAGUUGUCUCAUUCAAGGACUAUGAAGACAGUGCGAAACGUUUCUCGGUAAAGUGUUGUGGCAACUUCGAGAACAAAGACAGUUCCUUCACGAGAUUUGAUUUCACUCUCGCAGGCUGGAACGAACCAUGUGGAUCCCUUAGCCAUGAAUCAAGAAAGCUCACUUCUGACCACGUUUUCAUGGGAUACAACAGUUGUUUUCUCGUCAAAAAUGUCCAUGGAGAGAGUAACAGCUGUUGCUACACAAAGGCUUCGUUCGAAUUCUAUGUGACAGAUGAUGAAACAAGGAAGAAGAUAGAAACUUGUGAAGUGAUAAAAUGUGGGAUGAGUUUAAUGUAUGUUCCUGAAGAUGAUGAUUGUAUGUUGCUAAAGAAGACAAAUAUAGUUCAGCUGAGUUUGAAGAGCGGACCAAGUUGUUCCUACGAUCUUGAUGAUGUUAUGGAUGACGUUAGACCCAAGAGAGGACUUUGCCAGUUUGUUGGUGGUGAAGAACCAGGUUGUAAGAGAAGGAAGGAGGAGAAGAUCACAGUGAGAUAGAAUCUUAAGUUAUGUCAAAAAUUUUGUUUUAUUAAAUGUCAGUACACAUCACCAUUAACAGAAAAAGAGAGAAUGUGCAAUACUGAUUUAAACUAUGGACAGCUACUAAAAUAAUCAGGUAAUCAUUAUGUGCAUCCAUAUAUUCAAGAACCGUAUAUCUAUUAAAGAUCAACAAUGACAACAAGAAAACAAAGAUGAUCUUAGAACUUUAAACUUGUGAAUGAAUAUCUUGGCUUUCAUUAUGCAGCUAGAAAGAACCGAACUUUGGAGCUAUAAGCUAAUUUCGAAAUGUCGAUUCCACAUAUGGAGCUAGAACUACACACAUACAUAGAAG